CCCUGGCAACAUCUCUUCCAGGCUUUCGGUCCCCCUAGGGACAGCUCCAAACGGCAGGGACAGGCAUCUGAGGACCCAGCCUCAGGGAUGUUGUUCCCGGCUUCAGCGCCCUAGGACCCAGGCAGGUGCUAAAGUGAAGAAGAAACCCGGCCCGACCUGACCGAGACAUUUCAGCAGAGCUCCGGAGGGAAGGAAGGAAGGAGGACCACGAGGCUUUGGGGACUUCUAACUAGUCCACCCAGAGAAGUCUGCAUUGGGGGGAAGAGCAGAAUCUUCAGAACAAGAAGGAGGUGGUGGUCAUGGAGACAGAUGUGACCGAAAUGCCCGAGAAAAGAGCUCUGUCUUCCCAGAAUUCUCCCCUUUGUCAAGAGGAGAACACAGAAGAGGGAGAAGUGGCAGCUCUGCGCCUCACAGCCAGAUCCCAGGAAACAGUGACGUUCAAGGAUGUGGCCAUGGACUUUACACCAGAGGAGUGGGGGAAGCUGGAUCCUGCCCAAAGGGAUGUGAUGCUGGAAAACUAUAGGAACCUGGUCGCACUUUGGCUUCCAGUUUCCGAAACUGAGAACUAUAAACUGGAGAAUGGAAAAGAAGCAUUGAAGCUUGAGAGAAAAGCCCCCAAACGCAGCUAUUCAGACUUGGAGACGAGACGUGAGAGUGAUGAUUCAACUUCAUUGCAAGAUUUUUCCAAAGAAGAGUCUUGCCAGGUUGCAAUAAUAGACAGACUGACAAGGAAUAAUGUUUAUGACUCCAACUUAGAAACAGCUCUUGAAUGUGAAAAUUGGUUAGAGAAUCAGCAAGGAAAUCAGGAGAGAUGUUUAAGAGAAAUGUUCACCCAUAUGAAUUCAUUCUCUGAGGAAAGAGACCAUAGGCAUGAUGUAUAUUGGAAAAACUUCAGUCAGAAGUCUGUCCUUAUUACAGAAGACAGAGUUCCAAAAGGAGCCUAUGCCUUUCAUACACUUGAAAAAAGAUUGAAUCAGAAAUCAAACUUACUAAAAAAGCAGAGAAUGUAUAAAGAGAAAAAACCUCAUAAAUGUGAUGAUUGUGGUGAACUCUUCACCUACCAUUCAGUGCUUAUUCGACACCAGAGAGUUCAUACAGGAGAAAAGCCCUAUACCUGCAAUGAAUGUGGGAAAUCUUUUAGCCACAGAGCAAAUUUAACUAAACAUCAGAGAACUCAUACUAGAAUUCUCUUUGAGUGCAGUGAGUGCAAGAAAAGCUUUACAGAAAGCUCAUCCCUUGCAGUACAUCAGAAAAUUCACAUUGGAGAAAGACCUUAUGAAUGCAAUGAAUGUGGGAAAGGUUUUAAUCGAAGUACACAUCUUGUGCAGCAUCAGUUGAUUCAUACUGGAGUGAAGCCUUAUGAAUGUAAUGAAUGUGAUAAAGCUUUUAUUCAUUCAUCAGCACUCAUUAAACAUCAAAGAACUCAUACUGGAGAGAAACCCUAUAAAUGUCAAGAAUGUGGGAAAGCCUUUAGCCAUUGCUCAUCCCUAACUAAGCAUCAGAGAGUUCAUACUGGGGAAAAGCCAUAUGAGUGUAGUGAAUGUGGAAAAACUUUUAGUCAGAGCACACAUCUUGUUCAGCAUCAGAGAAUUCAUACUGGAGAAAAACCUUAUGAAUGUAAUGAAUGUGGGAAAACCUUUAGCCGGAGCUCAAAUUUUGCUAAACAUCAAAGAAUUCAUAUUGGAAAGAAACCCUACAAAUGUAGUGAAUGUGGCAAAGCCUUCAUUCAUUCAUCAGCUCUUAUCCAACAUCAGAGAACUCAUACUGGAGAGAAACCCUUUAGAUGUAAUGAAUGUGGGAAAAGUUUUAAGUGUAGCUCAUCCCUCAUCCGACAUCAAAGAAUUCACACUGAAGAGCAACUCUGAAAAAUCACUGAAUGUGAAGAAAUGUAAGUCUGUUUAUUCACUAUGUUGAAUACCUGAGCGUUUAAGUGGAAGACCCACGAUAUACACUUGAGAACCAAUUCUAUAUGUAUCUAAUUUCAUUUUCUUAAUAUAUAGUUUUGAGCCAUGUGCAGGAUGUUCCUUGUGUCCAUUAAUUUGACAGUUAUGAAAACUUCUUUUCAGAGAUUUCAAUAUUUUCAUCCCUAACCUCCUAAUUCUAUCUGUGGAAAUUCAAGAAAUCCCAGAGUAAGUAGCAGUUAUAAACAUGAAAUUCAGUUUUCCCUUUUCUUGGUCAUAUCGGUGCUUUGUUGUAGCCUCUUACUUUGUAAAGUAAUUCUUAUUUCAUAGAUUAGGAUGAGGGCUUAUAUCUUUAUCAUCAGGAAGACAUAGUUAUUAUUUAUUACUUCUUGAAUCCCAACUACAGAUCCUGUUAUACAGAUUGUGUCAUUUCUCCAGAGAGUGUCAUUUCUUUUGUAUUAGCCUUGAAAAUUAAAAAGUCUAAGAGUUAGAAGUUGCUUCUUCCCCUGAAAAGUCUCUGUGUAAUUUGAUGAACAUAACUGGAAUGUAUUUACAGAAGAUUCUAAGUUAUGUUCACAUGGAUUACGUUGGUCAUAAAUUUAUAUAAUUGUUAUCCCUUAUGCUAUGGAGUAUUUCCUUUAUUUUCCAUUUUCGUG